ACCGCCACUUAAGUAAUUCCUUCCACCCCCUGGCGGAUUCAGACAACUUCGCUCUCGACCCGUUUUGGCUAUGGAGACUUCCGUCUCAAAACCAUCGGUUCCCGCCACCAUUGAAGAACCUCAUCUUGACCUCUACACCAUUCCCAGCUACUCCAGUUGGUUUCAAUGGGGCAACAUUCACGAAAUCGAGAGGAUAUCGCUCCGGGAAUUCUUCGACGGAACUUCCAUCACGAGGACGCCCCGAAUUUACAAAGAGUACAGAGAUUUCAUCAUCUGCAGGUACCGGGAAGACCCUUCCCGGAAACUGACCUUCACCGACAUCCGGAAGUCGCUGGUGGGUGACGUCAGCACCCUCCACAAGGUCUUCACCUUCCUGGAGAAGUGGGGGCUCAUCAACUUCGACGGAGGUCACCGGAAAACGGCGUCGUCUGAGGAGGAGGAUAGACGAGUUAGGGUUGAGGAAGGGGCACCGCAUGGUGUGAAGGUUGUGCUGGGUCCUAAUCAGACUAAGAUAGCCACACCGCCGCCGCCUCCUCUUCCUCUACCGCGAGGGAGCGGGUCCAAAUUUGCGGCGUUUGCGUCGUAUUCGGAUGUUUAUGGGGAGAAGCCGGAAAAGGAUUUGCGCGCCUGUUGGAGUUGUAAAAAGCGGUGCGAUUCAGGGCUCUACCAACACCCUAAGGAAUGGAGCUUUAUCCUCUGUAAGGCAUGCUUUGAGAAUGGUGAUUACGGGAGGAAAUCUGUUUAUGAUUUCAAGUUCAUUGAUGACAAGAAUGAAAAAGGGGGGUGGACAGAAGCUGAAACUUUACUUUUGUUGGAAUCUGUUUUGAAGCACGGAGAUGACUGGGAGCUUGUUGCUCAAAAUGUGAAAACAAAGACCAAGCUGGAUUGCAUAUCAAAGCUCCUUCAGCUACCUUUUGGCAAUCUUAUGUUGGGUUCUGGUGUAAGCAAAAGUAACUUUUGGGAGAUGAAAUCUGGUAAUAACAACAUUGGACAUACAACAACAGCUGCUUCUAAGAUUGAAGAAUCUUGCUAUGGGGAAGAUAAGCAGAAAGAGCUCAAGAAGGAUGGACAGCAGAACAUAGCUGGUGAAGACCAAGGCCCCCCACAAAAGAGAUUGUGCAGUAUGCCUGAGUUGGAUGCAAGCAGUUAUUUGAUGAAACAGGUGGCACGUCUUUCUGCAACUGUUGGGCAAUCUGUCACUGCUUCUGCUGCAGAUGCUGCAGUGGCAGAGCUUUGUUAUGAAAACCGUUGUUCGAGGGUUAUAUUUGAUGAUGACAAUUUGGUUGAUGAGUCCAAGUUACCUGCUCCAAGUAAUGAAGAAGAGAGAUUCGAUGCUGAAAAUGCCAAUAGGGAAAGGGAGCCUGCCAUCUCAGAGCUUCAGGAAACAACAUUGCCAAAGAAUGUUAUACCUUUAACUUUGCGAAUGAGGGCAGCAACUGCAACUUCUCUUGGAGUGGCAGCUUCCCAUGCCAAGUUAUUGGCUGAUCAGGAGGAGAGAGAGAUUGAAAACUUAAUGGCCACUCUCAUUGAAACGCAGGCUUGUGUUUGAUGAUGAAAUACCAUAUUGAAUGCAGUUGAAAAAAUUAAAGCGCAAGGCAAAAUUUUUGGAAAAUCUGGAGGUGAUUAUGGAGAAUCAACAUGACCGGUUAGAGGAUAUUGAAGAGGAUAUGGUAGAAGAGAGAAUGAAUGUACUCCAACAGAUUUUCAGUUCUGGGAUCCCUAGAUGGAAGGAUCAAACCUAUGUAAAAUCUCAUAAUGGCAAUGUAAUUUAGUUUUAGAUUGGUGCCUUUUUGAAUACUUACUGUAGGUGAUAAGCAAAAAAGAUCAUGUCUUACAUCUUGUUGCCUCCAGAUGCAUAUGUAUCAAUUUUUGAUAUUCGAUUUUCUCCCCCUUUAUGCAAUCAGUCUUUUGCUGUUGUUUUAACCAAAUACUGGUCUUUUUGUUUGGAAUUUACGUUAUACUAAUUAGGUAGGUAUAGAACUUGGCUAGUUGGCUUGAUAAUGUAGAUUCUAAAAGGAUCCAGUAAUUUUAUGUUGGUUUGAAUUGAAGAUA